ACGUGAGAGUGUGAUUUCCCUACAUGAGUUUCACUCAUAGUUGCUUGUAGAGGAAGUGAUUGUAGAAGCAUCAGCUCAUUCUCCUUUAUUGACAGCAAUGGCUGCAACUACAGGUUUUCCUAUGAAUCAUAGCUCAUCUUUGACUAUUAAUAAAGGAUUUAAACCUUAUAGUGGGAACAGAAACACUGGUAGAGGUCGGUUUAAUCAAGGAACCAGACACUUUCACUCUAAACUAGUGUUUUCUUCUAUAACACAUGAACGCCCACACUCUAAUCCUGGAGUUCUUGGACCUUCCCCUAAUCAACAGUUUCACAGUCACUCUGCAUCUAUGAUGCACAUCUACCAAUUAUGCAAUACUGAGGGCCAUACUGCUCCGUUUUGUGAUGCUUCUUCUUAUCAAAAACCAAAAUGUCAUAUUUGUGGCGGCCUUAAUCACACUACCUGGUUUUGCUUCUAUAAUGACAAAGGACCAAACUAUAUUGGCAUGCAUUCUAGGCUUAUUCCUCUCAGCAGUCUUAUCCUACACAAUCACCAACUAUGCAACAAUCCUCAUAUCGAGUUCCUUCACCUCAUCCCUCAUUCUCAUCUGCUCAGUUUCCAGACUCACAGCCUACCAUUCAAGUCAUGCACACUAUGCUCCACCCUGCACCUUCAGCAUCCAAUUCUUCUGGAUCAUCUCAAGUAUGGCUUACUGAUUCUGGUGCAACAAAUCAUAUGACAGCUGAUUUGAAUAAUCUGACAUUGACCUCACCAUAUCCAACAACUGACACAAUUCAUACUGUUAAUGGUGAAGGUUUGACAGUGUCUCAUGUUGGAAAAAGCCACAAGGAGGAUUCUUUACAGAGGCUUGUGCAGUAAUGGCCUGUAUCCUAUCCAUGCAUCUUCAUCCUCAUCUUUCACUCAGCCUUCUCCAGCUCAGGCAUUUCUUGGCCAACUUGUUCAGUCCAAUCUAUGGCACCAUAGGUUAGGACAUCCCACAAAUUCUGUAGUCUCCCUCAUGCUAAAUAAAGCUUAUAUUCAUGUUCCCAAAACUUCUUCCCCUAUGAUGUGCCAUCCCUGUCUUGUAGGGAAAGUUAGGAAAUUACCCUUUCCUCAACAUCAUCACAAAUUCAAUUCUCCCUUUGCUACUAUCCAUACUGAUUUGUAGGGACCUGCACCAUGUGUCUCAGUGGAUGGUUAUAGAUAUUAUACUAUCUUUGUUGAUGAAUGUACAUGUUUUUGCUGGUU